UCCUCUUCUGCUCCUUCUUCAGGAAACACAAGAAGAUUUUCCUCUCAAAUCUCCACUGUGAGAGUCUAGUAGGGCUCCUAGAAGCAAAGCUCACAAAGUGUGGAUUCCUCUGGAAUAUUUAAUUCUCCGAUUUGUCUACUCUGCGGCUCCAGCCACCCGUCAAAUACAGUUAAACUUUCCUGACCGCGGCACUGGUUCUUGAGGAGGUUUCUACUUGUGGGUUUCUGCUCUGGACAAGACCAGACCCAAACUUGGGAUCCGACAAGAUGGCCCGUUUGCCCUUCAGGAUUAAGAAGGAAACCCAGUGGUUGCUGCAAGAACCAAUUCCUGGCAUUAAAGCAGAACCAGAUGAGACCAACGCCCAUUAUUUUCAUGUGGUCAUUGAUGGCCCCCAGGAUUCCCCUUUUGAGGGAGGGACUUUUAAACUUGAACUCUUUGUGCCAGAAGAGUACCCAAUAAAGCCUCCUAAAGCACGUUUCAUGACCAAAAUUUAUCAUCCUAAUAUAGACAAGUUGGGAAGAAUAUGUUUAGAUAUUUUGAAAGAAAACUGGUCCCCAGCACUGCAGAUCCGUACAGUUCUGCUAUCCAUCCAGGCUUUGUUAGGUGAUCCCAACCCAGAUGAUCCACUAGCAUAUGAUGUAGCGAAGCAGUGGAAGACCAACAAAGCCCAAGCCAUAGAAACAGCUAGAGCAUGGACUAGACUAUAUGCCAUGAAUAAUGUUUAAAUCCCUCUGAUCAUCCAGUGUGCAUCACUUCUCCUGUUCAGCCAAGACUUCUUCACUUUUUGUUUGCAUUUAAUGGACACAGUCUAAGAAGAAUUAUAGGAUAAAAGCCCAGAUAGCUUCAUCCCUUUGGUGAUUAAAUACACAUUAGCAAAUCAAGGUCUUGUCCUGGUUCACUGUUGUAAAGCAUGAGCAGAGGCUAAAAGUAUCAUCAGAUUGUUGUGCAAUGUUUAAAAGCAGUGGCCCCUCUCUGCAUGUAUUCAUUUCUCCCAUCAUGGUUUAAGCAUAAAGCACUGUGAAACAAAGUAGUUGUUAGGGUUAGCUGCACUGGGGUGGGUGUUUUUCUUUAUUCUUUGAGGGAGGGAGGUAGAUUUAAUUUUAUGGGGUCUUCCUCCCCUUUUUAUGGUGAUCUAAUAGCAUUAGUUAAAAGAAGCUAACCACUUCUCUAGCCAAGUCUAACUUUAUUUAGACACUGUAGAUGGACAAGUUUGUUUGAACCCAAAUGGGAACAUUAAACAAACAUCACAGCCCUCACUAACAACAUUGUGACGUUGCUGUCAAGUGUAGAAUCCUCCCAAAAUCUUGUCCAUUUUGUAUGGCUUG